UCCUCUGUAUAAAAAAGAGCGCUCGACAGCCCCUCUCACCUUGGACGUCUUCUCUUAUCAGCACUGGAAGAGUUGGCAUCGCCCACAGCACCCACCAACAUGGCUUACCAGUGCAGACAGCCCUGCCUCCCUCCUCCCACCGGUGCGCCCCAGUGCCCCACGGAAGCUGCCCGUGCUCCAUGUGGGGAGGUCUCUUCGGCUCCAUGCGGGGACCCCCUGAGCAACAUGUACCAGUCCACGCAGCCGUGCCUCCCUCCGCCCAUCUGCAUGCCGCCGUGCCCGACUGAAAGCCUGACCGCAUGUGCAGCAGCCUGCAGCGCUGGCGAACAGCCCUGCCCCACUCCCUGCAUGGAGGUCUCUUCGGCUCCAUGCGGGGACCCCCUGAGCAACAUGUACCAGUCCACGCAGCCGUGCCUCCCUCCGCCCAUCUGCAUGCCGCCGUGCCCGACUGAAAGCCUGACCGCAUGUGCAGCAGCCUGCAGCGCUGGCGAACAGCCCUGCCCCACUCCCUGCAUGGAGGUCUCUUCAGCUCCAUGCGGGGACCCUCCGAGCAACAUGUACCAGUCCACGCAGCCGUGCCUCCCUCCACCCAUCUGCAUGCCUCCAUGCCCGACUGAAAGCCUGACCACAUGUGCACCGGCCUGCAGCGCCAGCGAACAGCCCUGCCCCCUUCCGUGCAUGGAGGCUUCUUCUGCCCCAUGUGGGUCGUCCACCCUCCUCGCCGAUGCGGGCCCCUGUGCUCCCCCUUGUGUGACCCUAUGCAGCAGCAGCAGCAGCAGUGAGUGUUUGGGGGCCUCCUCAGCCCCAUCCAGAGAGGCAGUGGGGUGUUACGUGAUGCCGGGCUCCGUCGUCUGCUUGAAUCCCUCUGGCCACGUAUCGGUGAAGCCAGGCCCCCCAAGCGAAGGGGAGGCCUGCUGCGACUCCGUCUUCAUGCAACCCUACACCCCCCACUUCUCGUAAAAGCAGCCAGGAGUCUUGGAGCGCCUGGAAAGCGGGCAGGUUGAUCGUGGCAGAAGCUUCUGUGAGCUAGGGGGAGACCACUUGGUCAGACACAUGAAGUGUUAGAUUCAAAGGGCAGAUAGCUCUGCAGGGUUGGGUGGAUGGAGAUAGAUCAUCCAUCUGGAGGGCCAAAGGUGCCACACACCUGGCCUAAGGCAGUAUUAUCUAUUUAUUUCUUUAUUACAUUUAUACCCCACUUUCUUUAAUGAUAGAAACCCAAGGCGGCAUACAUGUGGUUCCCGGGUGGUCUCCCAUCCAGGCACUGACCGGAUCUGGGCCUGCUUAGCUUCAGCAAGGCGCUGGCCUCAUGUCCCUUCAGACUAUAGCCUGGGACCAGUAAAAUAUCUUAGACCAGUCCUGCCGUCAUGCCCAGCUUAUGAGCUUCCUGGAGGCACCUGUUUGACCAUGGUGAGAAUCUAGAUGUAAGUCUAGAUGGACCCUUGAUCUGACCUAGCAGGGAUCUCCUUACUGUCUUGAUGCAUCUAUCUACAGUACCUAUAUUAACUCCCAUAUAUCUGCCAACUGGAAAAAAGGAAGUUGCUUUAUACUGAGUCAGGCCAUUGGUCCAUCCAGCUUAGCAUGACCGGCAGUGGUUCUCUGGGGUUGCAGGCAGGGGGCCUUUUCCCAGACCUACCUGGAGAUGCCAGGGAUUGAACCUGGGCCCUUCUACAUGCAAAGCAGAUACUCCACCCCUGAGCUAUGGCCCUUUUUGUGCAUCUGACAAUGUAAGCCACAAGGAUUUCUGCCACGAUAAAGCUGUUGGCCAUUAAGGUGCUGAAAGACUUCCCAUCAUCUCUGUAAACUCCCCAGUGGAACAGACUGCCUCUCUCAGUGGUCCAUUGUGACUGGCCCUUGAGUGCAUCAUUCCCUAAGGCUGGACUCAACGGGAGAAAGGAAAUCCAAUAAAGCUUCUCAAAACUGAAUGUCAACACUCAGAAACAUUUGCGGUACACUUCACACCCUCCUUCUAGGGGACUCGUGUAUAAAAUAUCUUGCUUUCGGACUGUAUUUUCAGUAGCCCAAUAGACUUGGACCACAUAUGUACCAACUCCAGCUCUCUACGUCAAGUGGAAGUACCUUCACACUAUCAAACGCACAGCUGUCCAUCUAAAUUCCUCUGCCUAGAAGCCCCCCCCCCAAUGGCUCAUGUGCCUAGCUGAGAAUUGUUUGUCUGUGCGUGCAUGUAAGAUUCAGUUCUGAGGACUCCCGUGAAAGUCAAAACCCAAAGAACCUUCUGGCAUGCACAGGGCCAGCGUGAAAAAUAUACAAGGCAAAGAAAAAGACACACACACCCAAAUUCUAUGUAGUGAAGCCAACUGGACUAUUGUCUGAUUUUUACUUCCGCCCUGAUGACAGGUCGGCACUUCAGUGACACCUAACGGCAACAGGCUAAAUCAAGGGGUGCAGGGGGAUCCCUCCUUAUAAGAUGUCAGAUCAUCAGUCCAGUAAUGUCUACGGCACUGUUCUUCCACCUUGGGUCCCCAGAUGUUGCUUGACUACAAAUCCCAUCAACCCCAGCCAGCUUAGCCAAUGGCCAAUGAAUGAUGGGAGUUGUGGUCCAGCAACAUCUGGGGACCCAAGAUUGAAGAACAGUGGUCUACACACUGUCUGGCAGCAGCUCUUCAGGAUUCCAAACUGGGAGCUUAUAGUGUAAAUAUGGGAAGUGCUGUUUAUAUAGAAGACAUAUGGUAAGUGGAGUGAAAGAGGAGGGGGGAGUACAUGAGCAGUAGAAUGCUGGAUGAUUGGCUGAGCGUUUGAAUGGCUGGGAGUAUAAAUGGAAGAAUGACAGUUGAAUCUGGGUGGAUGUUGGGAGUGUGGAGAAAGAGGGAGUUGGAGUUCUGAUUAAUAAUAAGUCAAGUACAAAACAGGAAUAGAUGAAACCAUAUGCUUGUGAAACAUUCUAAAACUAAUCUUGUUAUUUCUGAUAUUUAAUAAAUACUUAUUUGGUUUACCAAAGGCCUGAUCCUUGGCUGGGGGAUAUACAGACCAGAAGGGAGGGCAAGGUAAUUACCAAGGCUGAACAGAAGCAGUAUCUGAUGGUGGCAGCGGUGAAGGGAGAAAUAGUAACAAGUCAAGUAUCCAGAGCAACCCAGAGUUGUAUGCUUUAUCUAUAAAGAUACAAGGGGGUUGGGAACA